AUGGACACCCAGCUUGAAGAAAUCAAACAGCUUUUUAGAGAUGACAGACUAAUUCUUGCUCACAAAAAACUAACUGAGCUAGGUAAUUUUAAAAUAGAAGCAGAACUUUCAACUGAAGAAAAGCUUUCGGUUUCUCAAAUAUCUGAAAUUAGUGUUAUUAAAGAAGAUCUUCGCUUAGCAAACCUACUAUUAGAGCUCUUGGGGGACUUAGAAUCAUGAGAACUUGUGGCUCAAGACGAAGAUAUUGCUACUUUUUCCAAAAAUACGACAUCCGAAGUGAUAGUUCGUGGAGAAAUGCUUUUGCACACUCCUAUAACUCCUUUACUAGCCUUGUUUUCUGAGUGCGAUUUAUUGAAAAACUGGGUACCUAUCCUCAAAGACGCAAAGUGUUUGGGACGGCCUAGCAUUUUCAGAAGAAUAAUCCACUAUUUUUUUGAUUUGCCCUGACCAGUAACGAAUCGUGACAUGGUCGUAAGUGCUGUAGGCAUCCCUAUCCCUGAAAAUAGCUCAACCCUAAUGAUUCUAAGAAGUAUUGAUGAAUAUUCAAGCUUUUUAGAUAUUAAUAUCCCCACUUCUGAAGGUGUCAGAAUCACAAUGAACUAUGCAUGUUUAAACAUAACCUAUAUAAGUCCUAACGAAUCACAAAUUUCAUUGAUCGCAAGAUGUGACCCGCACAUGUCUUUAAUCCCGACUUUUUUAGUAAAUUAUGUGACUAAGCACGGAAUACUAUACUUUUUGCAGUCUGUCAGAGAGCAAUGCCAACAGUAUGAAGGGAGCGUCCAUCAAGAAUACGUUAAUGCAAACCCUGGAUAUUACGAAGAAGUUAUGAAAAGAAUUAACGUUGAAACCUAA